UCGCCUCCUCUUUUAUUACCCUCUCAAGCCACAAGCCUCUCUGGGUGUGUGUGUGUGUGUGCACGCGCCAGCAUCACUCCGUGCUUAACGAUGUCUGCUGAACGUUUUGACUGCCACUACUGCAAGGAGUCCUUGCUGGGGAAGAAGUACAUCCUUAAGGACGACACCCAGUAUUGCACCAAGUGCUAUGAGAAUCUGUUUGCUAACAGUUGUGAGGUGUGCUCUCAGCCUAUCGGAUGCAACAACAAGGAUCUGUCCUAUAAGGAGCGGCAUUGGCACGACCAGUGCUUCAACUGUGCCCAGUGCAAGCGCUCUCUGGUGGAGAAGGCCUUCGCCGCCAAAGACGACCUUCUGCUCUGCACAGAGUGCUACUCACAUGAGUACUCCUCCAAGUGCAACACUUGCAAGAAGACCAUCAUGCCAGGUUCAAGGAAGAUGGAGUACAAGGGAAACAGUUGGCACGAGACCUGCUUCCUGUGCCAGCGAUGCCAACAGCCAAUAGGAACCAAGUCCUUCAUCCCCAAAGACAAUAGCUACUUCUGUACCCAGUGCUAUGAGAAGCAGUUUGCCUACCAGUGCUGUGCUUGUAAAAAAGCCAUCACCACUGGCGGAGUGACGUAUCAGGACAAGCCGUGGCACCGCGACUGCUUCCUGUGCAUCGGCUGCAAGAGGCAGCUGGCGGGCCAGCGGUUCACCUCCCGGGAGAACUACCCCUACUGCCUGGACUGCUUCAGCAACCUCUACGCCAAGAAGUGUGUGGGCUGCACCAAACCCAUCACCAACCUGGCCGGAGCGAAGUACAUCUCGUUUGAGGAGCGCCAGUGGCACAGCGAGUGCUUCACCUGCAUGCAGUGCUCCGUCACGCUGGUGGGGCGGGGCUUCCUCACCCUGAGGGACGACAUCCUGUGCACCGACUGCGGACGCGAGAAGUGA